CUUUACGCGGAUGGAGUAAAAAUAAUUGACAAUAAACAUAUAUCGUAUGCCUCGGAAAAAGUGAAGGCGGCUUGUGCGGGAGUCGAAGCUGUCAUAUCAUCAAUGGUACAUUUCGAUCCGGAGGGUGUCGUCUGAAGCUUUGCAGUCGUUGGCAGCUGUUUCGUCUCGGGAGGGGGGAAAAUGGAGCAUAUCCGAACGCCAAAGGUGGAGCAGGUGCGGCUGUUGGAUCGCUUCAGCAACAAAUCCACACAUGGCACACUGUACCUCACAGCCACGCAUCUCAUCUUUGUGGAGAGCAGCUCUAACAACUCAGCCUCUGCUGGACAGGAGAUCUGGAUUUUGCAUCAUCAUAUAGCCUCUGUGGAGAAGCUCUCCCUGACCACCUCUGGCUGUCCGUUGGUAAUUCAGUGUCGCAACUUCAGGGUGGUUCAUUUUGUGGUACAGAGAGAAAGAGACUGCCACGACGUCUACAGCUCACUGCUGCGUCUUCUACGGCCAGUAUGCUAUGAAGAGCUUUAUGCUUUCUCCUACAACCCCAAACAAAAUGACCAGCAGAGAGAGGAAGGAUGGCAGCUUAUCGACUUGGGGGCAGAGUUUGAGAGGAUGGGCGUUCCCUGUGACCAAUGGCAGCUCACUGAUGUCAACAGGGACUACAAGGUGUGUGAGACAUAUCCACGAGACCUCUAUGUUCCUAUCACUGCCAGUAAGCCCAUCAUCGUGGGGAGUUCCAAGUUCAGAAGCAAAGGGCGCUUUCCUGUACUCACUUAUUUCUACCAAGAGAAGAAGGCGGCAGUGUGCCGUUGCAGUCAGCCCCUCUCUGGGUUCAGUGCACGAUGCCUCGAGGAUGAGAGCAUGCUGCAGGCUAUCAGCAAAGCCAAUCACAACAGCCGAUUUCUGUAUGUCAUGGAUACAAGGCCAAAGCUGAACGCCCUUGCUAACAGAGCCGCAGGUAAAGGCUACGAGAAUGAGGACAACUACUCCAACAUCCGCUUCCAGUUUGUUGGCAUUGAAAACAUCCACGUCAUGCGGAGCAGCCUGCAGAAAUUGCUGGAAGUGAUUGGGACUCGGUCACUUUCCAUGAGUGACUAUCUGGUGGGACUAGAGAGUAGUGGCUGGCUGCGGCAUAUCAAGGCUAUAGUAGAUGCUGCUGUCUGUCUCACCAGGGCGGUGACAGUUGAAGGAGCCAGUGUGUUGGUUCACUGCUCAGAUGGAUGGGACAGAACCGCCCAAGUCUGCGCCCUGGGGGCGCUGCUCAUGGACCCUUACUAUCGUACUAUUAAAGGCUUUAUGGUACUGAUAGAGAAAGACUGGAUCUCUUUUGGUCACAAGUUUGCAGACAGGUGUGACCAGCUGGAUGGAGACCCAAAGGAAGUGUCGCCUAUUUUCACUCAAUUCCUCGAGUGCGUCUGGCACCUGACUGAGCAGUUCCCACAGGCGUUUGAGUUCAGCGAGUGGUUCCUGCUGCAGAUCCAUGAACACGUUCACUCCUGUCAAUACGGGAACUUCCUCGGCAACAGUCAGAGGCAGAGAGAAGAGCUGCAGCUAAGAGAGCGGACUCACUCCCUGUGGGCAUUUCUAAUGAGUGAAAAACAGAACUACCUGAAUCCCUUCUACAGCCCCGCAUACUCUGAAGCACAUCCUGUGCUCGAGCCCUCCACCCUGCCGUAUCAUUUCAAGUUCUGGAGGAAUAUGUACCACCAGUUUGAUCGGUCCAUGCACCCUCGUCAGUCUAUCCUGAAAACCGUUCUGACUCUGAAGGAGAACAGCCGCAAAACAGAGAGCACGCUGCACGCCCUGGAGACUAGGCUGCAGCAGCUUGGUGUGGUCCCGGUUGCGACAUCCGACCCCCCUGCACCCCCUCCCACGAGAGAUCAGCUCUCCAACUCCCACAGCCUCCCGCCACGUCCCGACUCCCUCAUCCUGGGAGCGCCAAUCAACCACAAAGAAGUGCAGAAUCACGAGGAAGAGGAUGAGCAGGAGGAGGUGGGCGAGGAGGCCACCGAGAGUACGGACACAGAGCGGACAGUAGAGGGAAGCAGUGGCACUGAGAGCAGGAAGCAGAGCUAUGGAGAGCUGGAGGGGACUUAUAACAGUGAGCUGGUCAAAGAAGAGCCAGCUGUUGUCAGCCUGGAGUUUGGUGUAGCACGUAUGACCUGCUAAAACCAAACAGAGGGAUUGUGGGAUAUUGAGGGACAUGAGCAACCGAGUAAGAGAGCUUACUGAAAGUGUGUGUGUGUGUGUGUGUGUGUGUGUGUGUGUGUGUGUGUGUGUGUGUGUGUGUGUGUGUGUGUCAAUGAUUAUGUGCUGAUUACGCAAUGGCCCUGAAUGGGCCGAAUGGAUGAAGUUGUGUGUCUGUGUAGUCUAAAAUCUCUAUGGAAAGCCUCAUUAUUAUGUCAUAUACUGCACUUACGGUGGAAAAACAUAGCUCAUUUUUUUUUUUUUUUAUUAAUGUUGAAAAGCAAUAUUAAAAAAAUUCAUGAAUCAAAUGAGAA